AUGGACACUCGACCGCCGUCCCGGAAAUCUGAGCCCCAGAGGUGGAGAAAAAAGUUAUCUUGUCCCUGCUGUGCGUUUCCUAGUGACGCAGAAGAACAAAGCCCAAAUACCUCCACGUCUUGUGUUCAAAACCAGACUUCAGUCGCAACUCCAACGGCCCCUGGGCAAGAUAUCGGCAUUCCACAUGUUCCUUCCGACGAAUCACAUAGCGGAACCCAGAGAAACCAGAACAUAGUGCCUUCCAACGGGCCAACGACCCCUCCACUCAGGGAACGGAAUGGGCUGUUCCCAUUCCAACCCGAGAGCGCAGAACGCUUCAUCGAUAUUGUUGCAGUUCACGGGCUUGGUGGCCAAUACGAAGAUACCUGGACAUGGAAUCCGCCCGCUUCGGCCCGGACGGUUCGGGACGACUCUCAGCCGAUGUGGGCCCGGUGGCCCGGGGGCCGAGCUAGUUGCUGA